AUGGGCAUCACGCUUUCCACUCGACAGCACUCUGGAAAGAGGGGCUUUUUCCGUGAGGGCAAUGUCCGCAGGGACAGUAUCCAGGACAACACCAUCGCAACUAUCGAAGACGAGACUCACCGCCCAAGCGCCACGGAGAAUUGGGUGUGCAUGCACGCUUACUAUCCUGGUCAGAAGACGUGUUCGAUCUAUGGACAUUUCGAAAACGACACAAAAAGCGACGGAACUCUGAAUCUCAUGAGUAUUGAUUGUAAUCUUAAGACCGAUAGCAGGAACGAAUCUCGACGCUCAAGUCUGAUCGACACCGGAGGGUACAGUCAUCUCCAUUUUCCUGGCCAGAAGCGAUGUUCAAUAUACGGUCACUUCAGAAAGGAAAGCGAGGAUGUGCCAGGUCCUUUGGGUAUAGGGGAGCUUGACAACAAAUACGACUCUCGAUGCACACGCACCGCUGACGAUGGGAUAUACACGCAUACCGACUAUUCCAUUCAGAAACGCUGCUCCAUCUACGAGGAAUUCAGAAACUCGGUGUCGGAACAAAUUGAAGCGAAUAAAAAGAAGACUAUCAACACAAUCAAGGCUCUUCCAAUAAGCGCUGGGAGCACUGAGAACCGACUCAACUCCCUCACGUCGGAGUUGGGACUUGGAAUUCUGCAAGCCGCUUUCCAGUUUGGACAGGAAUUGGUUCCAGAUGCUAGGCAUGCUUCUUUGCAGGCGUCAGAGAGUGCGGAUGUUUUGGGAGAAGUCGUUGAGGAGAGGGUUCAGUAUCUGGCUGUUUGUGAGGAGCUAGGUUGGCUUCAAGACGCUAGCCAUCAGCUGGAGCAGGGGAAGGAGGUGUUCGAGAAGGUGACCACGGAUGGACGUGGCGACGCGAUGUCAGAGGCGCUGAAGAGUUUGAGCGAGCUGGAAGAGGAGCCGAUACUGUCUGUCUCGGAGAGCAUUAUGAACGGCUGUGAAGGAGCACAAGAUUCUUCGGCAUUAUCCAUCUACCUUCCAGAAGAGUCCCGGAUAUCCAUUGUCGAUUUCCAGGACGCGAUACUCGAUCGUCGGAAUGAACUCCUGAACCAAAACGUCCACGCGGGAAUAAAGCUAGGAACUUCGAUUGAGGAACCAGUAACGGUUUCGCAGAUAGUCUUUCCGCACCAACUAGAGAGACUGGUGAGGCGAUUGGAGGAAUGCAGUAAAUUGCCACCGGCACAGCUACAUUCUCGAUUGCGAAGUCUGAUCGAAGAAGCGGUAGAACACAUCGAGACGAUGAGGAGGGAACUCGACGAGAUCAGAUCGGAUUUGGCAUUACAUUUAUUGAGGACGAGGGGUUUGGGCCAUACGAGUAUAAAUGGAAGACAGCGGCGGGAGCGCUUUGCAGAGGCAGGCAUGUUUGAGGAAAGGAGUUGGAAGGUCAGAUGA